AGCUAACAACAACAACAAUGACAUCAAGCGAUAGCAGCAGUAGCGGCAGUGGCAGUGGCAGCCCCUCCAGCACAGCCACAUCGCCCAGUACCUCACCGCGCCAGCGUAAACGUUCAGUCCGUAGCCACAAUAGUUCCACAACGAAUGCCAGCAAACGUCCCAGUAGCAGUACCAGCAACCACAACCACGACAACAACAACUGUAGCAACAACAAAAAACUCGCCAUACCUCUGGAACAUGGUUGUGAAGACAAUUGGACCUGGAGCCGAAGGCAUCGCUCCAAAGAGAUUGUGUUGAGUGGUGAAAAUGAUCGCACCGUACAUUUUCAUCCGAAUUGGAGUAAAGGCACCGCUGGAGUUCAGGGCGAACGGCCACUCAACAAUGGCCGUUUCUAUUGGGAACUACAUGUCUCGAAGAGAAUAUUCGGCACCAGCAUUAUGUUCGGCAUUGGCACUCGAAAGGCCCGCCUCCAUGCCAAUUCAUUUCGUAAUAUUUUGGGAGAAAAUGAACACGGCUGGGGUCUGUCGCACAAGGGCGUAUUGUGGCACAAGGGCGUGGCGUUGAUGUACACGGAUCGCUUUAAAGAGAAUCAACCCACAGUGGUGGGUAUUCUGUUCGAUGGCAUUGCGGGCACGUUGACGUACUACAAGGAUGGUGAAUGUUUGGGUGUGGCAUAUCGUGGAUUGUAUGCGAUCAAAGAACCUCUCUACCCGAUAGUUUGUUCCACGGCGGCGAAAACCGAAAUGACACUGAAAAAUACACGUAGCGACAUAGGCCAACUACAGGAUCGAUGUCGAGCCGAGGUUUUGAAACACAUUCGACAACGGGAGGAUUUGAACAAAUUAAAGCUACCCUCGAUUAUUACGAAUUAUUUGGGUGAAACCUUCUAUGACUUGCGAACGCUGCGUCAGGUGGAUAACUAUGAUAUGUUAUUUGAUUUUUAGACACAAAUAUAGGGACGCAAACCAAAGCGGAACCACCAGGGGGAUAACAAAUGAAACUAAAUGGCCAACCGGCAUUCGAGUUAAGUAUUUUCUCUCAUUUGUGUUAGCAACAAUUACUUUAACUAGAAACUAGAAAAGCCAACAAAGCUUUCAAACAAACAAAUUUGAUAUAACCGUGAAGCUUGCAGUGCCAUACUAGCAUAAAUAACUCAAAAAAAAAAGUAUUAGAAGAGUUUUCCAAAAAAAAAGAAAAAUAGAUUUAUAACAAAUAACUAUUUUGUCAUACUGUUUAUAGGCAUCCAGAUCAGAUGUUAAGGAGCUUUUAGCCAUUAGCGUUGAAAAGAAAUUCCUAUCUUUUUUUUCUCUUCUUUUCAAAUUUAAAUAUUGUAAAAUUUUCGUAAUUCUUAAAAACAAAGUUCUAGUCAUUUAUUUACUUUUCGAAAUGUAAGAAAAAAUUAAUAAACUUCUAGUCAAAUGAUUUCAAAUUAAA